GCAGCUUCCGGUUCCGGCCGCGGACCGGCGCGAGCAGGCGCGGGAGGAGGCGGCGCGCGCCGAGGUCCAUCAGGCUGGCGUGAUGCUGCCCCGUCCCGUGAUGUCCUUCCCGCGCCUGCUCUGUGCUGUGGCCUCCCAGCGGCUGGCCCCCUGGAGAGGCGGCGGAAGCAGCCCCCUGCACACGGCCCCCGCCGUCUGUGCUGACGGGAGCGCCCCGGUGUACACCCGCGCCUUGGCCUUUGCGGACAGGAUUGCUCUGGUUGACCAGCAUGGCCAGCACACGUACAGGGACCUUUACAACCACAGCCUGAGCCUGUCCCGGGAGCUGUGCCGUCUCCUCGAGCGUGCUGACGGGGACCUCCAGGAGGAGAGGGUCUCCUUCCUGUGCUCCAACGACGUCUCCUACGUGGUGGCACAGUGGGCUUCGUGGAUGAGUGGAGGCAUCGCCGUCCCCCUCUACCGGAGGCACCCCCAGGCUGAGCUGGAGUAUUUCAUCCGGGACUCCCGGAGUGCUGUGGUCCUCGCCAGCCAGGAGUACCUGGAGCUCCUGCACCCGGUGGUCAGGAAGCUGGGGGUCCCCCUGCUGCCCCUCCCGCCCACGGUCUAUGGUACGGCCCCUGAGGAGCCUGGGGCGUGGAAGGUGCCUGAGCGGAACUGGAGAGACCGAGGCGCCAUGAUCAUCUACACCAGCGGGACUACAGGGAGGCCCAAGGGCGUGCUGAGCACUCACCGCAACAUCAAGGCCAUGGUGACGGGGCUGGUCCACAAGUGGGCGUGGAGUAAAGACGAUGUGAUUCUCCAUGUUCUUCCGCUGCACCACGUGCACGGCGUGGUCAACAAGCUGCUGUGUCCGCUCUGGGUGGGGGCCACCUGUGUGAUGCUCCCCGAGUUCAGCGCGCAGCUGGUUUGGGAAAAGCUCUUAGGUGGUGAGAGCCCCCGGAUUAACGUGUUCAUGGCGGUGCCCACGAUCUACGCCAAGCUGACGGAUUAUUACGACAGACAUUUCACCCAGCCUCACGUCCAGGCUUUUGUCCGCGCAGUUUGUGAGCAGAGAAUUAGGUUGAUGGUCUCAGGGUCCGCCGCCCUGCCCCUGCCGGUGCUGGAGAGGUGGCAGGGCAUCACAGGCCACACUCUACUGGAGCGCUACGGCAUGACGGAGAUCGGCAUGGCCCUGUCCAACCCCUUGACCGCCACGCGUGUGCCAGGCUCCGUGGGGACCCCGCUGCCAGCCGUGGAGGUGCGCAUAGUCUCAGAAAACCCGAAGAAGGAGGGCUGCCCCUACGUGCUCCACGCGGAAGGAAACGACAGGGAGACGCAGGUGACCCCGGGGUUCAAGGAGAAGGAAGGGGAGCUGUUGGUCAGAGGGCCGUCUGUGUUCCGAGAAUACUGGGACAGACCAGAAGAAACGAGACGCGCCUUCACCGAGGAUGGCUGGUUCAAGACAGGCGACACGGCAGUGUUUAAGGACGGCACCUACUGGAUCCGGGGCCGCACGUCCGUGGACAUCAUCAAGAGCGGUGGCUACAAGGUCAGCGCCCUGGAGGUGGAGCGGCUGCUGCUGGCGCACCCCAGCAUCACAGACGUGGCCGUGAUUGGAGUUCCAGACAUGACGUGGGGCCAGCGGGUCACUGCAGUGGUGACCCUUCAAGAGGGACACUCACCAUCCCACAGGGAGCUCAAAGAGUGGGCAAGUCUGGGAAGUUUCUGCUUCCUCUGCUGUCUCUCUGCACCCCUCCUUCCCAACGUGCCUCCCUUCUUGGUGCUGAAGGUAUUUUUGGUUCGUCCAGCACGAUUCCGCAAGGAGCAGAAGCCCUUGUUCCGUGAGGGCCAGCGUGGCUGCGCGAUGCGCUCCGCUGGGUUUGCCGACGCACACUGGGAGCAGGUGUUCCACGGAGGAGGGUAUUCUAGUCGCCGUCACAGUUUCAAUGAAACGCCAGUCACCAGUGCGGAGCUGUCCGCCGAGAGUUGGGGUCCGGUCUCGGGCAGCCCGUGCACACGGGUCAGGCUUGGGACCGUGGCCACGGGAAGACCUGAGGCAGGUACUCUGUGCACUUGGGGUGGGGGCAGGCGACACCCCUAAAAGGUCAGGGCCGGUGGCUGACUGCUGUCUCCAGGACGGUCCCACAGUGAGGCCGACGUCCAGGCUUCUGUGUCCUCAAGCCAGGCAGCCGCUGGGCAGCGACGCCGAGGCCACACAGCCCAUGGUGGGGCAGGUCCGCCUCUCGGACGUGGCCCUUAGGGAAGUGGCCCUCCCUGUCAGCUCUGCUCUCCUGCGUUUUUCCUUUCUGACGAGUCCUCCCUCAGCUGGUGCUCCCCAGGCCAAGAGUCAGAGGCUCAGGCCACAUGUCCCUGCGAGGCAGUGAGUGAGGCGUGGAGCAGGACAGCAGCACGUCUGUGCCCGGGACGCGGCCCACCCACUACCCUCUAUCCCCGAGAUACCAAGUCCGA